AUGGGCUUGUUUCAAUACAAUCGAUUGGUGUUUGGUGUCACCUCAGCUUCCGCCAUUUGGCAGCGUACCAUGGAUCAGAUUCUGGAAGGAACUUCUGGUGUUAGUUGUAUCCUAGAUGAUAUGAUUGUGACGGGUAAAAGCGACGCAGAGCAUAUGGCUAACCUGGAGGAGGUCCUUCGACGGCUGCACCACCAUGGGUUAAGAGCCAAUAAAUCGAAGUGUGAGUUCUUCAAAGAAAAGAUCACGUUCUGUGGCCACGACAUUAAUAGUGAAGGCCUGCACAAGACCACCGACAAGACAGCUGCAAUG